AUGUCGUUUACUCUGAAUAAGAGAGAUGAUAUGGAGCAUGGGUUGACAUCAUUUAGUAAGGAAGAAAAUAAGGAGGACAAGUUUGAAGACGCCUAUGAAAUUAUCCCUGCAGCAGCAACAAUGGAUGUAGUAUCUUCUUUGGAAGAAUGCACAACAGGAUUGUAUUUAUUUCUAAAUAACAGAUUCUCUGAUGCCAUACAUCUCAUUUAUCCAUGGUCAAAAAACAGCAUAUACCAUGCUCUAAUCUAUAGCAUCCUUAUGGUUGUCAAGGCCUUUUUGACUUUUGAUCCACAGGAUAUAGAGAUUGGGAUGACUGCCACAAAGGAAGCUUUGAGAGUCUGUAACAAUUUCCGAAGGAAAUCUAGGAUGAUAAGUUUUUCUCGUCUAGUUAGCAGGCAGGGAAUAAAGGCUAUUAAAGAAGAGGAAUUGCAUGCAGAAGUCUGUUAUGCUGAGUGUUUGAUCUUGAAAUCCACUGUAAUGUUUAUACAAGAUGACAGUACGCUUAGUUUUCUUAAAAGCGGGAUCAACAUUGGGUUAAGUUACCAAAUAUACAAAGACUGUCAACACAUAUUAACACAGAUACCUGAUUACCAAAGCAAAACCUACAGACACCUGGUUGGAGGCAUAAAAUUUGGACUUGGAGUAUUCAACUUGUUAUUAUCACUUGUGCCACCAAGGACACUUAAACUACUCAAUGUUGUUGGAUAUUCUGGUGAUAGAGAAGUAGGCUUGACUUUGCUUCAUGAGAGUGCAUCUGAAUCCCAUAUAAAUAAUAUCUUUAGUGUUUUGAUUCUACUGUUUUAUUACAAUUAUCUCUCCAUAGCUUUUAGUGUUGAAAAGAACCAUAGUUCUGCUGUGGAGAAUCUCUUCCUAAUCUACCUUCAGAAAUUUCCAAACUGUGUCAUACUUAAAUUUUUUCAUGCACGUUUUAGUAUGCUGAAAGGAUAUUUUAAACAUGCCCAGUUAACAUUAGAGGAGUGCAUUUUUAUUCAGGAUGAAUGGAAGCAGCUUCAUCACCUCUGUUACUGGGAACUUAUGUGGUGCCACAUGUUUCUGCUGGAAUGGAAGCAGGCUUACCACUAUGCUCAUGCGCUGGUUCAAAACAGCAGGUGGUCCAAGUCAGUAUAUUCUUUCGCGAAAGCUUCCCUACUGGCCGUGCUUCCUCCUGAUUUUGCGAAAUCAGUAAGUGAGGACAUGAGCUCUCUCUUCCUAAGCGUGGAUAGCCUGAGAAUCAGAAUUUUAGGAACUUCUGUGCCGAUAGAAAAGUUUGUUGCUGAGAAGGGUCAGCGCUAUGCGACGACUGCAGGCUGGUUUACAGCACAGCCCAUUCUGGAAUUCAUGUAUGCCUGGAGUGGUUUCCGAGUCAUAGGCAAAAAACUAGAGCUUAUUUCAACCUGGCUAUCAAUCAUUGACAAAGGAGAAGAACUUUUACAAGAAACUCCAAAUAAAGAGUAUGUCAUAGAUGACAUAAGUUUAUUAAAUUUACUGAAAGGUCUGUGCCUGAAAUACUUAGGCAAAUAUUCAAUGGCUGAGUACUACUUUAGUCAUGUCAUUCAAAAGGAGAAAUUGUUAAAAUAUGACCACUAUUUGGUGCCAUAUUCUUACUAUGAACUGGGAAUUCUAUACUAUCUGAAACGAGAUUAUGCCAGUGCAAUAAAAACCCUAGAAAACAUAAAAAAUUACAAAGACUAUUCCAUGGAAGCCCGAUUACAGUUUAGGGCUCACAUAGCCCUUGAACAAAUAGCUAAAGAAAAAGUGAUUUAA